AUGAGAGAGCCGCUGUGGACUUACCCUGGUCUGGCGGCCGAGGGUGUGGGUUUGACGCGCUUCCGUUUGUUUUCAGAGAUGUUUGAGAGCUGGGCGCUCAGAUCAAGUCGCAGCGUCGGUCGGCAUGGCGUCGCCGAUGGGUGCGCGGUGCGACUGCGGGCUAGAGGCGAAGGCAUCGGCGGAGCCGUGGCGGCGCAUGCGCGCUACCCUUCCAGGGCCUUCGAUCUAGCGCCUCGAUGCGCGCCGCCCCCGACGCGCAACUCACACCGCAAA